CACAAUCCCAUGUUUCAUACCAUUACCUUAACACCAUAACAUAUAGUAACUCCAUUCUCCAUUUUUUUUGUAACUUACCUUUGUGUUACACACAUACUAUAGAUUUUACUGGUUUGUGAUUAACACGAUCAAGAUCAAGACCAUAAUAUCAGCAUUAGAUUAGUACUACCACCAACCAAUACUAGGAUCAAAAUCACGACCAACCAAUACUAGGAUUGGUACUAGGUACACCAACCAAUACUAGAAUCAGUACCACAACUGGCACCAGAAUCAAAACCACGACCAAGUAGUACUACCCCACUCCACAACGAGUUAUAUUUGUGUGCAUUGUAAGAUGGAGAGGCACGUGGGGUUUGAGGAUGUUCUAAGAUAUUUUGAUGAAGAUGGGGAUGGGAAGGUUUCGCCUUUGGAGCUGAGGAAGGGGUUGGGAAUGAUGGGUGGGGAGCUUUUGAUGAAAGAAGCUGAGAUGGCAAUUGAAGCAGUGGAUUCAGAUGGUGAUGGGUUGCUGAGUUUGGAGGAUUUUGUGGCUCUUGUGGAAGCAGAGGGAGAGGAGCAGAAGUUGAAGGACUUGAAGGGAGCUUUUGAGAUGUAUGACUCUGAGGGGUGUGGGUUCAUAACCCCCAAAGGGUUGAAGAGAAUGCUCAAGAAGAUGGGUGAGUCCAAGUCCAUUGAUGAGUGCAAAGGGAUGAUCAAACAGUUUGAUUUGAAUGGGGAUGGCAUGCUUAGCUUUGAAGAAUUCAGAAUCAUGAUGCAGUGAGCCAUUUUCUUUUUCCUUCAUUUUCUCCAUAUUGGAGGGUUAAGGGGAUUUCAUUUAUCUGUUUGCACAACGUGCAUGUCUAUAACUCUUAUUGGUAUAUUCUGUUUUUGUCUUGUGCAAUCAUACAUGUAUAUUUUAAGAAUAAUAAUAUCUAGAUAUUCAAAUAUUUCUAGCUAACAGCUUAUUGAGGUUUCAUAUUUUUGUUUAUUUUUCCUUUCUUAUUACAUUAUAUAUUUACUACACUUUUUUAUUUUUAAUUUUCUGGCGUAUAUUAAUAUAUUAAGUAUAUUAGCUCAAGUAUGUAAGAUACUAUUGUGGAUUAGUAAGUGGAAGAUGUUACUAUUUA